GCCAGUGUCAUGGCGGCCUUUCAUCGCUAAGCCGAGUAAGAGGGAGGGUUUCCUGCCGGGAAGGUCGCUCGGAAUUAAUGCUCGUCGUGUCUGACGAUGGAUGAGCAGAGCCUGGGAGCCGCUCUGCAGACGUACCAAGCUCAGCUGGAGCAGGUGGAGCGGACACUCCAGGCCGGAGCAGACCCCUCACAUCAAGCCGACCUCAUCCAGCUGAAGGGGGAUUUACAGCAGCUGAUCGAACUGACAGAGUCCAGCCUGCUGUCUGUGCAGAAAUGUAACCUCCUGACAUCCCUGGACGGGCCUUCGUCCACCUCGACCCAUGAUGAAGAGUACGAAGCUUUCAGAAUGGCCAUCAACGAGUCCAGCCAGGAUGCCCCUUCUUCAGGAGCCAACGAUGAGGUGGCUGAUAGUCCAGAAGGUUCAGAAGAAGAGGAGGAGGAGGAGGAGGACGACGACGACGACGACGACAACACGGAUGAUACAUGUGGACUAAAGGUGAAAGCUCCUUAUUACAGCACAUGGGGGACUCUGGAAUAUCACAACGCCAUGAUUGUCGGGUCGGAGAAGAUGGAGGACGGGAGCGCCGGGGUUCGAGUACUUUACCUCUAUCCCACCCACAAAGCCAUGAAGCCGUGUCCGUACUUCCUGGACGGAAAGUGCCGUUUCCAUGACAGCUGCAGGUUCUCCCACGGCCAGGUGGUGUCGGUGGACGAGCUGCAAACCUUUGCGGAUCCGGAUGUCAGUAGUCUUGGGGUCGAUUCCCUUUGUCUCGCCAAACGCGAUGACGGCAUCUGGUAUCCCGGAAGAAUUACAGCCGUUGAGGACGGUUUCUACACGGUGAAGUUCGACUCGCUGCUCCAAAAGGAACUCGUCUUAGAGGCCGAUGCCGUCAUUCCUCCCCUGCGAGCGAGCGACGAUUCGUCUUCUUCCGAUGAGGACGAGGGGGCAGAGGUUUCUGGAUACGCUAAAGUGCUCGUCGAUGGCGAGAAGACCGGGACGGCUCCGUGCAGUUCCGCGUUUGCGGGGUGGGAGGCUCACACUCGAGGAAUCGGGUCAAAGCUUCUGGCCCGUAUGGGAUAUGAGUUUGGGAAAGGUCUAGGGCGGAACGCAGAGGGGCGCGUGGAGCCGGUCCAGGCCGUGGUUUUGCCGAAAGGUAAAUCUCUGGACCAGUGCUUAGAAAUUCAGCAGCGAAAGCGAUCCAAAGGGCAAAACCCACCCAGAGUCAGACGGAGACGGCGAGCCGCGGGGCAGAACCCUGCCGAUCGGCGCAGUGUGUUCGACUUCCUCAACGAGAAGCUGGUAGGCAAACCCCACGGUGAUCAGACAGGACGGUCCUCGAGCGGCACAGAGAGGAAGGGCAAGGAGCUGUAUAACGCCAGCGCCGUCAGCAAGAGGGCACUCAACGUGCAAGUGGCCAAAACAGCCGAACAGAUCCAACAGAAGCAGAGGGAAAUCGGACAGCUGACAGGGGCCUUGGCGCGGAAUGUGGGCCGGGACAGCGUGUUGAGCUCCCAGCUGGAGCUUCGUUUGGCGAGUGCACGCUCCCAGCUGGCAGGGCUGCAGCAGGAGGAGCGAACGCUGCAGCGUGAGCAAAAGAAAGCCGACACUCACAAGAAGAUGACGGAGUUCUGAGUACACGAGCGGCAUCAAAGAGCCCCACGUGGCGACGUCCCUCCGCAUAGACUGUUCAUUGCCACCCCUGGGUUAUGUUUGUAUAUGGUGUUUUUUUUUUUUUUUCCUGGAAUGAGAAUAAAUGUUUUUGCUGUUUUUUAAUAA